CCCGGGCGCCCGGGCCGGCAUGAGGACGGCCGCGGGGGGACGAGUGCGGCCCGUGGGGCCGUAGCCUGCGUCGCGCCGGGGACAAAGAAGCCAUGCAGUGACACCCGCUAAGACUUGUUGGUAGCCAUGUCGGAGCCCCACAGGGUCCAGUUCACCUCUCUCCCAGGUUCUCUGAAUCCUGCAUUUUUGAAGAAAUCCCGGAAAGAGGAGGUUGGGGGAACAGAACAGCAUCAGGACUCUGAGCCGGCUGCAGCAGCUGUUCGGAUUACACUCACCCUCUUUGAGCCAGAUCACAAGCGCUGCCCAGAGUUCUUCUACCCAGAGCUGGUGAAGAACAUACGAGGGAAGGUGAAAGGCCUUCAACCCACAGACAAGAAGAAAGAUCUCUCAGAUCCUUUCAAUGAUGAAGAAAAGGAAAGGCAUAAAGUGGAGGCCCUUGCCCGGAAAUUUGAAGAAAAAUAUGGUGGAAAGAAACGUAGAAAAGAUCGGAUACAGGACCUGAUUGACAUGGGGUACGGUUAUGAUGAAUCGGACUCCUUCAUCGAUAAUUCUGAGGCGUAUGAUGAGCUUGUUCCUGCUUCUUUGACUACAAAGUAUGGAGGAUUUUACAUUAACUCGGGAACCCUGCAAUUUAGACAGGCAUCAGAAUCUGAAGACGACUUCAUUAAAGAAAAGAAGAAAAAAUCUCCAAAGAAGCGGAAGUUGAAGGAAGGUGGUGAGAAGAUAAAGAAGAAGAAAAAAGAUGACACUUAUGACAAGGAGAAGAAAUCGAAAAAGUCCAAGUUUUCCAAAGCCGGCUUCACAGCCCUCAAUGCCAGUAAGGAGAAGAAGAAAAAGAAAUAUUCUGGGGCUUUGAGCGUUAAAGAGAUGUUAAAGAAAUUUCAGAAGGAGAAAGAAGCUCAGAGAAAGAGGGACGAAGACCAUAAGCCCGUAGCGGUCUCGUCGGCGGAAGCUCAGGGCCUGCGGGAAUUGGAGGGCACCUCUGACCCCUUGCUCUCGCUCUUCGGCUCCACUUCUGACAACGACUUGCUCCAGGCGGCCACUGCCAUGGACUCGCUGACUGAUUUGGACUUGGAGCAGCUGCUCAGUGAGUCUCCAGAAGGAAGCCCUUUCCGUGAUAUGGAUGAUGAGAGCGAUUCCCUUGGGGUGGGACUGGACCAGGAAUUCAGGCAGCCCUCUUCCCUCCCCGAAGGCCUGCCCGCGCCCCUGGAGAAGCGCGUUAAGGAGCUGGCUCAGGCUGCCAGAGCUGCUGAAGGAGAGAGCAGACAGAAGUUCUUCACCCAGGAUGUUAAUGGCACCCUCCUAGACAUAGAGGUACAAACUCGGGAGCUGAGUAGCCAAAUCCGUUCUGGGGUAUAUGCCUAUCUUGCUUCAUUCCUGCCCUGCAGCAAGGACACCCUGGUUAAACGUGCUCGGAAACUUCACCUCUAUGAACAGGGGGGGCGUCUAAAGGAGCCUCUCCAGAAGCUUAAGGAGGCCAUUGGAAGGGCAAUGCCAGAGCAGAUGGCCAAGUACCAGGAUGAGUGCCAGGCACACACACAAGCCAAGGUCGCCAAGAUGCUGGAAGAGGAGAAGGACAAGGAGCAGAGGGAGCGGAUUUGCUCUGAUGAGGAAGAAGAUGAAGAAAAGGGGGGCAGGAGGAUAAUGGGACCCCGGAAGAAAUUCCAAUGGAAUGAUGAAAUCAGGGAGCUGCUCUGCCACGUGGUGAAGAUAAAACUGGAGACCUACGAUCUGGAGAGGAACAAUAAGACCCAGUCUUGGGAGGACUAUGUGAAGGCCUUUCUGGAUGCCGAGGUCAAACCUCUCUGGCCCAAAGGCUGGAUGCAGGCCAGGACUCUGUUUAAAGAGAGCAGACGAGGCCAUGGGCACCUGACAUCAAUCCUGGCCAAGAAGAAAGUAAUGGCCUCAUCCAAAAUCAAGAUGAAGGAAUCCUCUUCUAAGCCUGACAAAAAGGUUUCCGUCCCAUCAGGUCAGAUUGGUGGCCCCCUGGCUUUGCCUUCAGAACACGCGGGAGGAGGCCUGAGCAUUGGGGCCACAAACAGGGAGCUCUCAUCCCAGGCAUCUGGCAGCCUUGCUAAUCCUGCUCCUAUCAACCUUGAGGACUCCUUGGAUGGAGACUUGAUCCGUAAUUCAUCCUCCUCAUUGGAGGUUGUGUCCAAGGAACUGGCUGUGCUGAAUAGCAGAGCAAGUGGGAGCUCUGAGUUCACAUUGCCUGCACCCUCGAAAGCACCCGCAGAGAAGAUCGUAGGCGCCGUAUGUACAGACGAGAAGAGGAACUUUCCGAAGCCCAACCCUUCCGCCCCAUCGCCUUCUAGUUCUCUGCAGUCUCCCCUCAAUUUUCUAGCUGAACAGGCUUUGGCACUGGGGCAGUCCUCUCAGGAGAAAAAACCGGAGAGUUCUGGCUACAAAGAGCUGUCCUGUCAGGCUGCGCAGCAAGGCCUGCCGGAAGCACACCAGUCCAAAGCAAAGCACCACGGCUUGCCACGGACGUCUCACACACCCCAGGCGGCAGCUCCUGUGCCCGGCCCCCAGGUGAAAGUGUUUCACGCGGGUGCUCAACAGCAGAAGAGCUUCACCCCCCCAGCUUCUUUUGUCAAUAAGCUCCAGGGCCCAAAGCCUUCCUCCCCACAGUGCCAUCGUUCCCUCCUCCAGCUUGUGAAGACAGCAACCAAAGGCCAGAGCUUCCUCCCUCCACGCCGGCCUCGUCAGGAGGCCCCCCGGUCCUCCAGCAGCACCUCUCAUAAGACUCCAGCCUCAUCCUCUACUGCCCCGAGCCAUCCAGCAAAACAGCACUCCGCUGGCUCUUCAGGGCCGUCUUACAAGAAUAGUCCCUUUGCCAGCUCUGUCUCUAAACAUGGGGUUUCUUCUGGCAGCAGCUCUUCCUCUGGAGGAACACCAGUCCAGACCUCUACUUCCGGGAACCUGCUCCCCGGCGUACAGCCUCCCUCCGCAGGACAGUCUGCCAGCAGACCCGUCCCAGCCUCUGCAGUGAAAAAAACCCCUGUUUCCCAAAAGCUGACCCUGGUGGCCCCUCCGGGUGGUCCAAAUGGAGACUCCAGUGGUGGGACCCAGGGAGUGGCAAAGCUACUGACCUCCUCCCUGAAGUCCAGCGCAGUUAGCAGCAUGACAUCGUCUACCUCCUUGCCAAAAGGAACGAGUGGGGCUGUGCUGCUGGCCAGCUCCUCGUUAAAUCUGCUGUCUGCGUCCUACAAGUCUGGCAGCCCGAAGCUGCCUGCAGCCAUGAACUCCAACUCCCUAGGGAUCAUCUCCCAGUUUCCUCUCCAUGUGGUAUCCUUCAGCGCCGAGUCCUCUGCCAAAGCAGGGGUUUCCAGGAUGCCAUCGUCACGGGUCCCUGCCCCUGGGACGUUCCAUCACGGCCUCAACCAUAGUCUCCUGGCUGGCUUGCACUCCAGCCCGCCCCGUGCAGCGCCUCUCCCACACGCUGCCGUGUCCACUCACGUCCCGCAGAGUCUGCCAGAUGCUUCUCAGCUUCAUGGAAAAGGGCCUGGUGUACCACGGAAAUUGUGACCUCUUCAGAGGAAAGGCCCGACUCACUUAGGCCUGGGUGGAAGCUGACCAAGUAGGUCUCAGAAACUGGAUAAUCACUAUGCUCUUUCUGCCAAUUGGUUUCCUUCUGGCGAAGGUGUGAGUGCUGAGUGGAGCAUCUCUUGGCACUGUGAUGUGCCUUCAGUGAGGGGAGCAACCCUGGGCUUCUCUGUGGAGGCACUGACUGGCCUGGUGCCCCGGGCCCCGUGGCUCUGUCAUGGACAAUCGUUGGAGGGGCAGCUCUGGGCUGGGGCGCAUGGUGGGUCUUGUACGAAGCUGUGGUGUCAGGGCAGAGCAGGGCGCACCUGUUUGAAACCUGCCUGACCCCGUGGCAUUUGGUCAGAGUACCUCCUGGUGCCCUACUGAUCAGGGACCCCUGGCCACAGUGGGAUCCCCGAUGGUCAUGGUGUCCGUCCCAUCCUCACGCUGUGUGCUCAACAGGACAAAAACCCAGGCUGACACACAGCUGGGAGACUUACCUUGUCUUUUUGAAAAACUCAGAACACCUAACGUGUGCUCAUUGUGUUGGGGGCCAGCUUCUCUGCUGAACAUGACAAUGAAGCUCUUUCAGAGAAAAGACUUUUGUAGAUUCAACAGUUGUGACAGGAUUUUUAAAGACACUUAUUUUGGUCCAGAUUUCAUCAUUACCAUUAAUGCAUUGGAUAGAAUGCAUGUCAUAUUAUAGUAAGACAUAAUUCCAGUGCCUUUAUGGUGGAGCAGAAUUAGACACACGUCCAUUCGGCCUUCUGAGUGGAUUUCAGAUGAAGACUUUUUUAAAAGAUAUGUCUGUAUUUAAGACAUAGCCAGUUUGAGUUUUUUACAGUUGCACAUCCUAAUCUGCCAUCCUGACUUGAAGGUCAUCUGGGCCCCCAGACCCCAGGUCCCAGUAUAGCCAGGGCUCCCGUUUUGUUUUUUCAGAGUUCAUUCAGGUGGACUGAAGAGCCCCAAAGCCCUUCAUCUCUGAGGGCCAAGGAUAUGAGGGGCUCCAAGUCAAAGACAUUCCAGUUUGUUUUAUUUAGAAACCAUUCUCAGGCAGAGCUGCAGGAACAGGCCCCUGUGAAGCAUCUGCCAUGUAGAAACAGGCCUUGACGUCCUGGGGCUCUCCGGGCAGCAGGGCUGUGCGCUGACUUGAGGGCGGUGCGCUGAUGAGCUGGGAGAGCGCGCCAGAGACAGGCCAGGACAGCUGCCCUGGAGCGCAUUCAGCCAGCGGCUGCUUCACACGGAUGUUUAGGGCACUUGCCUGUCCUGUGGAGUGUGUCCCACAAGGCCUAUCUGAACUGACUGCUUCAGCUAAGUGAUUGCAAAUACGUUAAGAGUCAACAGCCUCCUCAGAAUGUACACCUGUGUGGAGACACAGGCAGCUCUCUUGGUUCCUGCCUUCCAGGGUACAGUGCUCAGUAACUCACAGUUAUGCAGAGGUUUGCCUUGUUUCCAGCGGGGCAAGACCUCACUCAGUUAUCCGGCUAGGCCUCUGCUUUUUUUUUUUUUUUUUUUUUUUUUUUUAAUGUAAGAAUUAACAUGUGUUUCACAUCUGGCUAAAGUGGAUAAGUGGAUUCCUUAUCCCUUCAUUAUAUCUUUUUUUUUUUUUUUUUUGCAACUUGGGUUUCCAGUUUGUUUACAGAGUAGUCUUAGGUAGUAGCAAAAGAGCCAAAGAAGAGAUUUGUAUUGCUGAGCUCAGAGCCGUGCAGAGGCCUUCCGUGAACACUGAGCAGUGGGAACUCUCCAGGCUUCUCCGCCCAAGAACACCCAAGGUCCCUUCCCUGCAGCGCUCGCACCCUCCUCCCCAUGUACCAUUGAGUGUGCAGCUGGAGCUGAAUACCCUCAUUUUUAGGAAUCUAGUGAUGCCUCUUGCCUCAGGGAAACGUUUCUUUGAUGGGGAGUUUAUGAGAUUUCUUUUUCUUCUUUAUGCUUUAUUUGUGGUAAUGAAAGAGUGAAUGACCUAAACAGCCAUGGCUGGGCAGACGGGCUGGCAGAGCGGGCUCCCCGGGGUCUGGGGCUGCGGCGCUGCGGGGCUUUCCUUGGAGCAGCCGUUCCUUAGGUGAGAGGGGCUGUGGCUUUUGUGCGGCGCGACGAUGUUGGUGUUGGGGGGUGGUGUGAAAAUUGUUAAUCUUGUAUAAAGCAACUCAAUAAAUUGUUUCAAGGUUUCCAAAA